AUGGCUGUGAACAGUGCGCCUCCCAGCGAAGAGCUCUUCGUGACCGGUUUGCCCAUGGAUAGCACCAGCGAGAUGGCAAAGCAGAUCUUCAGCCAGUACGGCUCCGUGAAAGAGACCACGGUCCUUCCCGUCUCCCCAGGGAAGCAGGCCGCGGCUGGCUUCGUGGUGAUGAACAGCGUCGAGGACGCCAGAUGGAUCGUGGAGCACGUCAAUGGCAACGUCCCCCAAGGCCUGGCUAACCCAGUGACCGUCGUCUUUGCGACUCCCAAGUCCAUGCGCCCGGGUGGCGGUGGCAAGGGUGCCGCCAUGAAGGGCAUGAUGAAGGGCAUGAAAGGCUCGGGCAUGCCACCAGAGAUGAUGCAAAUGAUGCAAAUGUUCAUGAGCGCCAUGGGAGGUGGCAUGGGUGGUGGCAAGGGUGGCGGCUGGGGCAAAGGAGGUGGAGGUGGGGCUCGGCCACCCACAGGCAGCGUGAUCCGACUCCAGGGCCUACCGUUCUCGGCAUCGAACGACGAGAUCCAGCAGUUCUUUGCAGGUUAUGGGCUGACCGGACGAAUGCACAUACAGGCCGAUGCAGGCGGCCGUCCCACAGGUAUCGGAUUCGUGGAGUUCGUCACACCGGAGGAGGCGAAGCGGGCUUACAACGAGAAGAACUACCAGACCAUCGGUACCCGGUACAUCGAGCUCAUGGAAGCUUUCGACAAGGAUGUUGAGAUGUACCUGAAUGGUGGCGCCGCAGUCAUGAACGGUGGGGCCAGGGGAUAUUGA